GAAAAUGAAUUAUAAUCAAUUAACAGAAAUUCCAUAUUUUGGAGAACCAACUUCUAACAUCACUCUUCUCUCAUUAGUACACAAUGUAAUUCCAGAAGUAAAUGCAGAACAACUCCUGUUUUACCUCUCUCUGGAGACAUUGGAUCUCAGCUCAAACCAAAUCUCAGAAAUCAAGACAUCCUCAUUUCCUAGAAUGCAACUGAAAUACCUGAACCUGAGUAAUAACAGGAUAGCCACCUUGGAAGCUGGCUGCUUUGAUAAUUUGUCCAGUUCUUUAAUAGUGGUCAAGUUAAAUAGAAACAGAAUUAGCAUGAUUCCACCCAAGAUCUUUAAGCUGCCUCAUCUUCAGUUUUUAGAACUUAAAAGAAACAGGAUUAAAACUGUGGAAAGUCUUACAUUCCAAGGGCUUGAUUCCUUAAAAUCUUUGAAAAUGCAGCGGAAUGGAAUUAGCAGACUUAUGGAUGGAGCUUUCUUUGGCUUGGUGAACAUGGAAGAAUUAGAACUAGAACACAAUAACUUAAUAGAAGUUAACAAGGGCUGGCUCUAUGGCUUGAGGACAUUACAACAGCUCUAUGUCAGCCAGAAUGCUAUUGACAGAAUCAGCCCUGAUGCCUGGGAGUUCUGCCAGCAGCUAUCUGAACUUGACUUGUCCUAUAAUCAGUUGACUCGCCUGGAUGAAUCUGCCUUUGUGGGUCUAAGCUUAUUGGAGAAGUUGAAUUUGGGGGACAACAGGGUCACUCACAUUGCUGAUGGGGUUUUUAAAGAUCUUUCAAAUCUUCAGACACUAGAUUUACGGAACAACGAAAUCUCCUGGGCCAUAGAAGAUGCAAGUGAAGCCUUUGUAGGACUCACCAAGCUCACUAAAUUAAUCUUACAAGGAAACCAUAUUAAGUCGGUUACAAAGAAGGCAUUCAUCGGUCUUGAAGCCCUUGAGCAUCUAGACUUAAACAAUAAUGCUAUAAUGUCUAUCCAAGAAAAUGCUUUUGCUCAAACACAUCUGAAAGAAUUGAUGUUGAACACCAGCAGUUUGCUCUGUGAUUGCCAGCUGAGGUGGCUGAUGCAGUGGCUGGUGGACAGUCACUUAGAACAGGCUGUGAAUGUGAGCUGUGCUCACCCUGAGUGGCUGGCGGGGCAGAGUAUCCUCAAUGUGGAUCCCAAAGAUUUAGUCUGCGAUGAUUUUCCUAAGCCCCAGAUAAGGACACACCCAGAGACCACAAUUGCUUUAAAAGGUGUCAAUGUGACCCUUACUUGCACUGCAGUGAGCAGCAGUGACUCCCCAAUGUCAACAGCAUGGCGCAAAGACAGUGAAAUCUUAUAUGAUGCAGACAUUGAGAAUUUUGCUCGCUAUCGGCAGCAAGGUGGAGAAGCCCUGGAGUACACUACUGUUUUACAUCUUUUUAAUGUGAAUUUCACAGAUGAAGGAAAAUAUCAGUGCAUUGUUACUAAUCACUUUGGUUCUAAUUAUUCUCAUAAAGCCCGAUUAACUGUGAAUGAGCUACCGUCAUUUCUGAAAACCCCGAUGGACCUAACUAUUCGCACUGGAGCCAUGGCCAGACUGGAAUGUGCUGCAGAGGGUCACCCGGCACCUCAGAUUUCCUGGCAGAAAGAUGGUGGCACAGACUUCCCUGCAGCAAGAGAAAGGCGAAUGCAUGUUAUGCCUGAAGAUGAUGUCUUCUUCAUUGCCAAUGUGAAGAUUGAAGACAUGGGAAUAUAUAGCUGCAUGGCACAAAACAUUGCCGGUGGUCUCUCAGCAAAUGCCACCCUAACUGUGUUAGAAACACCUUCUUUUAUUAGACCUCUGGAAGACAGAACUGUUACUCGAGGUGAGACAGCUGUCCUGCAGUGUAUUGCUGGAGGAAGUCCAGCUCCUCGACUCAAUUGGACCAAAGACGAUGGUCCUCUGAUGGUGACAGAAAGGCACUUCUUUGCAGCAGCCAAUCAGCUUCUCAUCAUUGUAGAUGCUGGACUAGACGAUGCUGGGAAAUAUACCUGUAUCAUGUCUAAUACCUUGGGGACAGAACGUGGUCACAUUUACUUAAAUGUCAUCUCUUCCUCCAAUUGUGAUUCCUCCCAAAAUAGCAUUGGACAUGAAGACGAUGGCUGGACUACAGUUGGUAUUGUUAUCAUUGUGGUAGUGUGCUGUGUUGUAGGCACCUCUCUGAUUUGGGUAAUUGUGAUUUACCAUAUGAGAAGGAAGAAUGAAGACUAUAGUAUCACCAAUACAGAAGAACUGAACCUGCCAGCUGACAUCCCCAGCUACUUGUCUUCCCAGGGAACACUGUCUGAACCGCAGGAAGGUUAUAGCAACUCCGAGGCUGGAAGCCAUCAGCAGCUCAUGCCACCUGCAAAUGGAUACAUACAUAAAGGUCCAGAAGGUGGCAGUGGUAGCCGAGUGAUCUGCUCAGAUUGUUAUGACAAUGCCAACAUCUACUCCAGAACCAGAGAAUAUUGUCCAUACACCUAUAUCACUGAAGAGGAUGGUCUGGAUCAAACGCUGUCCAGCCUCAUGGUUCAGGUGCCCAAAGAUCCUUGCUUGUCACAUCCUUCCCCAGAAACAGCAGCUCUGGACCCCUUGAUAUCAUCAGGAGACAGAGACAUGUCAGUCUUCCUUACCAGUCACGACAGGAUAAAUGAGAAGGCACUUUCUUCUACACAGAUGAGCAGUGAAACAUCCCAGCGGCCAUUAUGGGGCCUAAACAAAGAGCUAGGACUCCCGCCACCUCACUUUCCCCAGCAGCCGGUGCUCGAGUCACCACAACUUCUUCGAAAUGAGAGCCUGACCGAGAAUGACGAGGACUGCGCCGCUUCCCCCAGACCCUGCCACAGGCCGCAGGGCCGCCCCUGUGACUUCAGCAGGACUCAGAAGGGACAGGAUGGCAGCGAAGCGACAUGAAGCACGCUCCGCCAGACUGACCCGUGGCACGCGCUCCAGUGCCCAGCUGUGUACGACUACCUCAGAGCUCAGAGGAAACCCCGAGGGUCACCUUUGCUUUCCUGUCAUGUUUACAAGGACAAACCGAGCGGGCCGAGCGAGCGGGCACGACGGAGGGCGCAGGAGGCCAGCCCGCUCUUGUCUGAGGUCGCGCCAGGUGGAGAGAGGCCGGAGCCGAUAGACCAAGCCCAGGACUAGUACGACAGCCUUUCCUCGGGGGCCCGCUGGGGCAGGGCCGGGUCUGCGGUGGGAAGAGGCCGGAAGAAUGAGGUCGCCGCUCGCUCCCCGGAGAGACCGUGGCUGCUUCACCGGCCGUCUGGGGAGCCCUCCAAAGUCAGCGCCGAGUUCUGUCACCCAGAGCCUGCCUUCAGCUGGU